AACCAGAAGAUAUUUUCUCCAUAAAAUAUGAUCCAUUUUCACCAAAAUCUGUCAAAUAGUUGGCGGUGUUUGACUUAGUGUUGUAAAGCGUUACUUACUUCUUGCAGAUGAUAGUACUCGCAGCACAGAGUUACAUAGUGUGAGAACAGACAUAUGAAUGACAGAGACGCCAUUCACCUGAAAACAAGUCAGUGUAGCAUCAACAUGAUUUAAAAACUAUUAUUUCAUGGUAACAAAGCUACAUAUUGUUGCAUUAAUAUGUGACAUAUGAUAGCUUGUUACCUAAGUGUCAUCCAGCUGUCCCUCUGUAAAAGUAUACAUACUCAUAUUACAACAGGAUUAUAAACAAUGAAUAACACAAGCAAAAAUGGAUCAAGACCAAUGACAAGCUUUUACUCCAACCUCCUCUGACUUCACAGUGCUAUACAGUAUAUACAGUGAAGUCUUUACAGGCUCUUCCCCCCUGCAGCAGAGUGACUCGUUGAAACUUGAUGCGCAAUUGGAUCACCAUAGCAACAGGUUUACAACCAGUAUGAUAGCUCCCUUUAUUCAUAAAGAGCUGUCAUAUUGGUUGUAACGGCAGUAAUUGAUAUGUAAGAUAUGAGAAUACACAUAGGGGGAUGAACAGUCAUCAAAGCUCACCAGCACGUGUGCUGCCUUAAAGUCCAGCCUGACAGCCUUUCUGUUUAUUCUGUUUAGCCUAUUAAUGCCACAAUCUGUGUCAGUGAGCUUAUGAGCGAUCUUGUUGACAUUUGACCUGGUGAAGGUACAAGAGUUCAGGCCAGGAGGUCACCAGACCAACAAACAGACUGAGAGUAUCAUCCCUGUUAGAAGUGUUGAAGAGACAGUGUUUGGAUAAUGAAAUACAACUAAACGAACAUAUCGUCACUGUCCCAUGAAAUAAAUGUCCAAAAAUUGUUUUUUUCAUGAGAUGAAAAAAAAAAUAAGACCCUGUCUCUGUUUUGCAUUUUGUCUUUUCUCUGACAUCAUCCCGAUGCCCCCCUCCUCUCGAGUACUGUCACACACACUUCUUCAAAAUGGAGAACCCAGAGCAUGGGCCAUGAACCUCUGAGGAGACAGGGCUCCUCCACCACCAGCUGCCCCCCUCAGCCCCUUUCCGCCCAGGCCGUAAAACACAUCUGGGUCCGGACAGCUCUCUUUGAGAAAGUUCUGGACAAGAUAGUGCAGUACAUCGUGGACAACUCCAGUAAAUACUAUGAGAGGGAAGCUCUGAUGCAUGACUCAGUGUUCGGACCAAUCUUGGCAGCUCUACUAGUGGGGCCCUGUGCUCUGGAGUACACCAAACUGAAGACGUCGGAUCAUUUCUGGACAGACCCCUCAGCCAACGAGCUGGUUCAACGCCACCGCAUCCACGGGGCCCACCGGGGCCAAGAUACCUCAGCUGGCCGCAGGCCUGCUCUUGGGAUCCGUAAGAGGCAGUCCAGUGGCAGCAUGUCAGAGGACCGCUUUGCUGCGUCAGCGAGGGAGUAUGUGGAGUCCCUUCACCAAAACUCUAGAACACACCUUCUCUACGGCAAAAACAACGUGCUGGUGCAACCGAAGAAGGACAUGGAGGUGUUGCGUGGCUACUUGUCCCUCCACCAAGCUGGGGAUAACCUCACCCUGAAGUGGACACCCAACCAGCUCAUCAAUGGCACGCUGGGAGACUGUGACCUGGAGAAGAGUAUUUACUGGGACUAUGCACUGACUGUCCCUCUGCGCCAGAUAGUCUGUAUCCACUGUCACCAACGCACUGAUUGUGGUGGUACGCUGGUUCUAGUCAGUCAGGAUGGGAUCCAGCGGCCACCGCUCCACUUCCCCCCUGGUGGUCACCUCCUGGCCUUCCUCUCCUGUCUGGAAACAGGCCUUUUGCCGCGGGGUCAGCUGGAGCCCCCCCUCUGGUCACAGAAAGGCAAGGGAAAAGUGUUCCCUAAACUGAGGAAGAGGAGCAGUGCUGCCAGACUCCUCGACCAGGACAGGAACAGUGAAGAGGAGACAGCUGCUGAUUACGUGUUCCGCAUCGUCUACCCUGGAUACCGCUACGAUGCCACAGUCACUAUAAACUACCACCACACCACGGGCAGCCGCGCUCCGUCGCUGGACGAUGACGAGGAAGAGGAAGAUAGGCUCCAUGCAAUGAUCUCAAUGAUCUGCUCGCGGAACCUCACAGACCCUAAUGUCAUGAAAGACCACGGGGAGAUGAUGGAGAUGCAGGGUUUCGGAGGCAGCCCGUCGUCGUGGCAACAAGCCGAAGUAACCACUCAUGAGUCGCUGUGCCAGUCCUGCUCCACGGCCGGUAGCAACAUGUCGUUCGACUACCCGGCCGGCUGUACCUGUAUACAUGACCCAUCAGACAUUCACACGAUUCCUCUUAAGAUGCUCUGCCAGAACAUGAAGAGGCAGAUCGUCUCCAGAGCCUUUUACGGAUGGCUGGCCUACUGUCGACACCUGUCCACUGUGCGGACUCACCUGUCAGCUCUGGUCAACCACAACAUUGUCCCUCCAGACAGGCCCUGCGAGGCUUCCGGGGGCCUCAGCAAAGAGGUGUGGAGCAAGUACCAGAAAGACUGCAAGAACUACAAGGAGCUGGAGCUGCUAAGGCUGGUUUAUUAUGGCGGAGUGCAGCACGACAUCAGGAAGGAGGUCUGGCCUUUCCUGCUGGGACACUACAAAUUCGGCAUGGGUAAAAAAGACAUGAGCCAGAUUGACUCGAAGAUCAGCGAGCGCUACCAGCAGGUGAUGCGGGAGUGGAAGGCCUGCGAGGUGAUCGUCAAGCAGAGGGAGAAGGAGAUGCAGUCGGCCAUCUUUGCUAAACUCUCGUCAGGCAGCAGCAUUGACAGCCACGUGCUGCGACUCGUUCACAGAGACUCCACACUUAGCAACGAGGUGUUUAUGUCGGUGGACGAGCCCGAGGCGGGGAGCCAGGAGACCCCCAGUGGAGAGGACAGUACCCCCACCAUGACCACCCUGGUUCCUCCCGCAGCACUCCCCCAAGAGGAGCGUCCUCUGGUGGAGUUUGACUCCCCUGACUCGGGUCUCCCCUCCUCCAGAAACUACUCAGUGACCUCUGCUCAUUCCCAGAUCCUGUCCAGCAUAGACGACGGUCAGAGCAUGGAGGAGGAAGGGGGGGGCGGGGAGGAGGGCAGCACUCCAGGUGUGCUGGGGGGGCGUCAGGACUCUCUGACUGAGGACAGGCUGUGCAGCCAGCUGGACAAACUGGUGACCAAUGGAGCAGCUGCAGAGGGGAUAUCACCUUCACUGUCCUCAUAUACGAUUGAGCUGUUGGACACAGUUGCUCUGAACCUCCACAGGAUCGACAAAGAUGUGCAGCGCUGUGACCGCAACUAUUAUUACUUCACCACAGCCAACCUGGAGAAACUACGCAACAUCAUGUGCAGCUAUGUGUGGGAGCAUCUAGAGAUGGGUUAUGUUCAGGGCAUGUGUGACCUGCUUGCCCCGCUCAUGGUCAUCCUGGAUGAUGAGUGCCUGGCGUACAGCUGUUUCACUCAGCUAAUGAAGAGGAUGAGUCAGAACUUCCCUAACGGUGGUGCCAUGGACACACACUUUGCCAACAUGAGGUCGCUGAUCCAGAUCCUGGACUCUGAGCUGUUUGAACUGAUGCAGCAGAACGGAGAUUACACUCACUUCUACUUUUGUUACCGCUGGUUCUUGCUGGACUUCAAGAGAGAGCUCCUGUACGAGGACGUGUUUGCGGUGUGGGAGGUGAUCUGGGUGGCUCCCAGGAUUUCCUCUCAGCACUUUGUCCUCUUUCUGGCCUUGGCCUUGGUCACAGUUUACCGUGAGAUCAUCAUGGACAACAACAUGGACUUCACUGAUAUCAUCAAGUUCUUCAAUGAGAUGGCUGAGCGCCAUGAUGUCCAAAAUAUCUUGAAGAUCGCACGUGAGCUGGUGCACAAAGUCCAGUCUAUGAUGGACAACAAGUGACGAGGAGGAGGAGUGUCCGACCCUGCAGGACACUCAGCUCUUCCUCUCAUCCCUCAGAGAGACAGAGUGUUUCCAGGCCUCCACUAAUCCAGAGCAGGUCCAGGGAGUCCAGGUCUCCUCCCUGCCCAGAUAAAGGCCCUAGGAGUGGGGCAGGAGUGCUGCUGAGGUGGCCUGGCUCUGGAGUUUGGCCUCAAUCUGUUUACAUUUACCUUCACAUGGAAUGCCCAUGGUUUCUGUUCAGACAUGUGGAUUUGUCUGCAUGCUUGUGAGUUUGAUCACACUGUGAACGCAUUCUUGAGUCUCCCCAGUCCUACAGAGCUUGUGUGCGUGCAUGACAACACACACACACACACACAUACACACACACACUCCGAUACAACAUUGGCUCUAUCAAUACUCCAGUUUUUUACAGAGUCGCCUAUUUCCUGACUCUGAUCCAGAACAUGUUGGAUGCCUGUCAGCGUUUGACAGAUGUGAUCCUCCAUGCAGUUCUAGCAGAGGAGUGUGGGAGUGCAGGAUUUACAUACAACAUUGUCAGAGGAGCAGAAGACUUAGCCACGAAGAAGUUUUCAUUAGUGACCAAAUGGACUGUGCCAACUACCUUUUCAUGAGUGUUUUCUACAACAAGCAUGUGUGUUUUUAACCCCUCGCACCUCACCCCCUUCUCUUCUUUUUGUCCAAGAGUUCAUUAAUCACACAAAUGUUGCCUUUAUCAGUAACAGCCCAAGGUACUUAGUUGUGAGGGUUUCCUUCAUGGUGCCUGUGAAGGCCUCACCAGAGUCGGUGGAGGCCGGAGGCGCCACAAGAGGCCAAACUGUUGAGAAAGUGAAGAAGAGUGAAGAAUGAAUUGCAGCCAACUUUUCCUGAGCAUGUUAGUCAGUGGUCAAAGUGUGUUCAAAUCUUCAUCCAAGUCAGAAGAAACAGCAGCAGAGCACAACAGUAACGACAAAAGCACACAGGCCUUCCUCCUCACUUUAAUAUAAAGCUGCUCUGUUUUAUAACGCAGAGCUUGAUCUGCCACUGGAGACAAUGAGCCCAUGCCUCUGGUCAGAUUUCUGGGAAUUUUAAAUGUCUAGAGGAGGGAUUAUUUUAUUUACCCACAUAUUACACUUUCUGAUUUUAGAACAUCUUAAAAUGUUUUUAGGCAAAAAAAAAAAAAAAGUAUUAGACUGAUGAUUUAAUAUGAUCCAACACCUUUUAGACCAACGUUUAAACACAAAAAGGUAAAUGAAUUAAUACAAAGUCAUUUUUGUUGUCUUUUCUUCUCCCCUGCUCAUUUAUUCUCUUUAGUUUUUGUACUAAAGGCAGGUUUGGACUCCUGACGUCAAUAUUUCAAAAACUUUGGCUACAGCUUUGUUUCAGUUCUCCAGUAACAGUGACAGAAGAGCACAUUUGGAAAGAUGAAAAAAUGGAUUAUUAUAGAUCUGAGGACAGUUAGAAGAAACAACAUAACAUAGACAUUGAAAUGAAAAAUGAAAAUGAAUAAGGUAGGCAUUGUUCAAUAUUUUUAUUAUUGUUAACAAAUCCCAUGAAAAGAACAAAACCAUCCAUCCAGCUUCCCUACCCUGUGUGUGGCCUUAAUCUUUCAAGUUUCACCUGGGUACUGUAGUUUUAUAAUAAUAAUUAAAAAAAACCUCAAACGUGAGUAAAUAUUGCAUUUCUUAGGGACUAUUUUAGAAGUGGAUUAAUACACAAUUUGGUGCUGUACAGCAGCAGGACUACGGCUUUUUUGAAAAUGAGUCCUGUCUGGAAAUGUGUAACGAAGGAUUAUAUGUAUAUAUGUGUGUGUAGCACAGAGUAAUGAGAUCUAUCAGGCUUUGCAUGGAAAAAUAACACUCGUUGGUAGGUUGCAUUCAUUGUUGGUUUGGGUUUGCACAUGGGAUAAGUUUACAGUAAGAGAAAUGGUGAAUAUUUCCAGCCUUAUCCAGGUUUUCCUUUGGAACUGGAGUCAAACAAGCUCACUGAUCUGAAGUCUGUUGAACUUCUUUUUGCGUUCAGCAGCACCGUCAGGAAAAGUGGUUGCAAUUGUCCAUGUUGAUUCUCCUCCUGCCUAAAGUCCAGCCUCUAAAAAUAAAAGCAUGCUUGGACUGGGCUGAACAGAACAGAUUUAAGGUCCCUGAGAAGAAGAAGCUGCUUUUAAUGCCAAACGUUCUCGAGUGUUCGCUGAGUCAGUAUUAGGUUGGUUUAGGCGUUACGGUAACAGCACAGGGACAUUUUUUGAUACUGUUUUCCCAACACUCCCCCUCAUCAGUGUGACCCUUAUCUCCACCCUCCUUAAAAUGUCCAACACGGCUGCAUAUGAUUGGUCAUCCAGCACGGACCUGCACCUGUGAUUCAAGUGCCAAGAGUCUUCCCCAAUCCUGAAGUGUACUGUAGUCAUCCGGCUCUCUGAUUCGCUAGUUUGAUCCCAGGAAUGGGCAGUGGUGUGGAUAUACCCUCGCUACGGCCCCCCCAACCCCACCCCCAACCCGCUCCUGCUGCCAUGGUGACGGAGGAGGGUCGGCACGGGGAAUCCAGGGCCCAUAGCAGAGCUUUUUUCUUCCAAUCAGGACAUUGUGUACCAAAGCCUUGAAACAGCCCCCUCUGUGGCAUGACGACAAUGUGCAAUUUCAUACUGCAUCUUGAAGACUGACUGUUUACUAUGUGUGUAAAAUAUUUUUGAAAAUGGUGAUCUUGGAUUCUUUAACUACUGUGCAAUUUGAGAAAAUCCAUCAAAGUCUAUAUUGCUGUAUAUACGAAUACGAACCGAAAGCCCAAUAUUUCUAUGAAGACAGUGAGAACAUAAAUAUAUAACUUAUUUUGAGAUCUAUUUUUAUGUUGGUUUUAGCAGCACUAGUCAGAGUGUAUACUGUGCAGAAAUGCAGAAUGUGUGCAGACUAUGUUACACGUUGACUGUUAAGUGUUCUUUCUCAAUGUUGUGCACUGACAAAUUUCUAUUUAUUUAGAGAGCCAACGAUUGCAUUGCUGAAUAUGUAUUGGUAAGGAUGUAUCAUUUGCCUUGAAUGUAAUGUAUUAUUAAAUAAGAGGUUGUUCAUUAA